AUGUUCCGAGCUAUUGCGGCGACGCAACAUGAGCAAGGUUUAGAGUUUGACGAUGAGUUUCUGUUGGAUGACCACUUCGAGGGCCAUGCUGGAAGCCUUGGAUCUUCUGUGAAGAGAACAAUUUGCAAGUUCUGGGAGGAUGGGGCAUGCAAGAAUGGAGCGACCUGCACAUGGGCUCAUGGCGCAGAGGAACUCGGCAUGCCGUUGUCGCCUCGGCCUGAAGCUAUGGGUCCCAAUGCAAAGAAAACACUUUGCAAGUUCUGGCUGCAGGGAACCUGCACGAAGGGCUCCUCCUGCACCUUCGCGCACGGAGACCAGGAGCUCGUAGGGAGUGCAACCAGCACAGCCCCUGUGUCUUCUCUGUGGCAAGGCCUGAUGCAGAGGAGGAGCGCAGCAGUUUCGACGGCUCCUCCACAGGGCUCGUGGCGAGCUCCGUCAGCAGGCGUCAGCUCCAAGCGCACCAUCUGCAAAUUCUGGGAGCAGGGUCUCUGCACGAAGGGGGACAGCUGCACCUUCGCUCACGGGGAGGAGGAGAUCGGGGCACCGUUGGUUGCGGUUGAGAACAUUCAGCCCACUGAGCCCAUCCGGCCGGUCAAAGUCACAGGCCCAGCUGUUCCUUUCGGCGGUCCCGAUGCAGUUGUUGCAGGUGGGAACACCAAGCGGACCAUCUGCAGAUUCUGGGAGCAGGAGGAGCUCGGAGCACCUGUGCUCGAUCGGGCCACGACACGUCGAGGCGAUGGCUUUGCUAUCAAGGGCAACGGUCGAGGUCGAGAGGAACCUCCACGGCACAGUUUGAGCCACUUCGGUGUGAGCAAGGUCUUCACCGGUGCCUUUCAGGCGCUUCCUUCAGCCGUGGAAUUGAACCGGGGACAGACUGGGACUGUCCCAAGCUGGAACGGCGGUAAGGGAGUUGCAGAGCAGCCCUUGAAAAAGACGAUUUGCAAGUUUUGGCUGGAGGGCCAGUGCUCUCGCGGUGAGACUUGCACAUGGGCACACGGUGAAGAGGAGCGCAUUUUGGCUGAGCGCUGCUUCUUUGCGGUGGACCAUUGGUUGUGUGGGUUUCAUGACGAGCCAUGGAUCAGACGGCUCAGAGUGAUGCCGAUUCAGCGCGUUCUGCGAGGCGUGGCCAGGUGGGGGCCGAAGAGGGAGCUGGUGCGGCGCAGUGCCCGCUCACAGGGCGCGUUUCCCGAGGCGCGUCUGCGGCACUUGCGACGCCUCACGCGGAAGAAGCCUCGUCACAAGCGGGCCUUUCUAGAGUUGGCGGAGCUGCUGCAACGUCGGCUUCGACGUACCCAGUGCGACGCGUGGCGCGGCGAAGCUGCCGCUGCUUGCAAGAGACACCUGGAGAUUGCGGAAGAGCGGCGUUUGCGAACACCAGGGCUCACGGAGAGAAGCCUCCGCAUCGACCUGGCCAAGCAUCUGCUUGCCGUCAUACAGCGAAGAACACCCGCCGAAAUCGCGCCAUCCUAUGUCGUAAGCCUCUUUGACCACUAUGCCAGCAGCUUUGAUGCGAGCUUGGAGUCACUGGGCUACCAAGUGCCGCAGCUGGUCGUGCAGGCAAUUCGAUGGAGCCAGGAGGGUCGUGAGCCCUGCCGCCUGCGGCGCAUGCUUGAUCUUGGGGCAGGCACUGGCUUGCUCGGCGAGCAGCUGCGGGACUUAGCGCCUGGAGCACACCUCGUGGCGGUAGACCUGUCAGCCCAGAUGCUGCAGAAGGCGCAGGCAAAAGGAUGCUAUGACGAGCUGCACUGCUCGGAGAUGAUUCGCUAUUUGACGGCCUACGAAGGCUCCGGGGCAUCUUUCGACCUGAUUGCUGCUGCAGACGUCUUCGGCUACGUUACCGACCUCUCCGCGGUCUUCCGCCUCGUUCUGCAGAAUCUCAGCCCAGAAAGAGGCCUCUUCGUAUUCUCAACGGAGGAGCCGGAAGAUGAGUGUUCCGGCUACCAGCUGCAGGGGUCGGGCCGUAUCGCCCACAGCCACGCAUACAUCUUGUCGCUGGCACGACAGCGCAACUUCCAGGUUGUCCGGGACGUGAGAUGCGAGCUUCGCAACGAGAGCGGUGACCCAGUGAAUGGGCGUGUGUUUUCGCUGAUCGCGCCAGGUUUGCCGGAAAAUCAGAUCUUGCACCUGCCAAACUCAGACCGCAUGGAAACGCUGCCGGCGCACAGCCCUCCAGCUUCAAAAGGAGGCACGAAGGUACUUCCACCGUGGAAGGGCGGAGCGCUGGUGAUGCCCGAGGUUGUCAACGUACGUAGAAGCAUCUGCAAGUUCUGGGAGCAAGGCAAGUGCAGCCAGGAGGCUGGCCAGUGCACCUGGGCCCAUGGCGAGUGGGAAAUUGGAACUGUGCCAGGCCUUAGAGACGGGCCGAAGCUGAGAGGCUCCGGCGAACAGGCCACCGCUUGCCCGGCCAAGCGCCCACGCCUGGCCUUGGCACCUGACGUCUGCCACCUUCCGCUGGCGGCUUCGUGUGGAACAAAAAGUCUUCGGCAACAUGACCUCUCUUUUCGGACCGGGUCGGUGGAGAACGUCUAUAUGAUCGAUCUUAUAUGGCCCUAG